UAGCUUCCCAUGGCCCACUUCAUGAAUUCAGGAAGGGUUUGUUGUUUCUGACAAUUAUAUUUUGUUGUUGGUGUUUGGUGCUGCUGCUGAUAUCAACACCCGGAUAUUCGGAUGGGAGUAGAUUUUCGUCGAGGCAUCAUCAAAAUGAAGCUUUCUAUGCAGCUUUUCCUUGGCAGCACUGCCAUGCUAUGCUGUCUUGUAUCGUCGGCGGUGGCAUACUCAAGUGGAAACGUUGCAUCGGCUUGCAGUGGCCCAACUCCAAGCUUCGCGAAUCAUGGUUCCAAUUCCACUAUGCCUGCAGGCAUUGUUUUGGAGUUCAAUAACUCUCAAGCCACUUAUGUCAACGGGGAAACCUAUGGAGUUACACUGAGCUGGGGUCAGAUGCCGUUCAAAGGCUUUCUCUGCCAGAUGCACGAUGAACAAGAACGAAGCAUAGCCUCCGUAAAUGUGGCAGAAGCUGAUAUCAGCCAGGUGUUAACAUGCGGAGGUGUGCCGAACACGGGCAUUUCCCACAGAAAUUCCAAUGACAAAACUAGUCUUACUUUUACGUGGACACCGAGUGCAACUACUCCCGACAGGGUCCAUGCACACUGUGCCGUUGUCGCAUCGAAAAUGCAUUGGUUCCAUAUUGAAUCAAGUGACAUAGUGCGUGCCGGUUCAACUCCUGCCCCCACCGGUGGACCAGCUGUUAGCACACAGCCAACGAAUGCACUCCAGAUUGAUCUCAGCAGUUGUGGAAAGACCAAGGGUUGCCGCCGUACUCCAGAGGGCUGCACGUCCGCCAGUGAUUGUAACUAUAUCUUCACCAGCAGAGUGAUUAACGGCAGUAUUGUCGAGAUUGAGCUGUCCGCCAAGGCGGGUGGGUAUGUGGCAGUCGGCUUCAGCAAAGACACAAAGAUGGGUGAUGAUGAUGUGUUUGCCUGUCAGCAUGACGCUGUCGGCCGUGUCUACGCCAAGAACCUCUUCAACAGCGGCUAUGCCAACCUGUUCAAUGCCGCCCUCAACGAGGGCCUCAAAAACGAGGAAGCAACUCUGGUCGAUGGCGUUAUCUCUUGCCGGUUCCAUCGCACUAUAAAUGGAAGCGGUAGCCAAGACUUUGAUCUCAGCCAGGCGUACACGCUCUUCUUUACCAGCCACCCCAGUGGGACAGCUGCUUCGAACGCUGGACUAGCAACGCAGCACGCUGUGUUGCCUACUCUCUCCCAACAGCCCAUUUCCGCCUCUUCCCUGGAGAACAUUGGUUCUAAGACGGCGUCCAUUGGUCUCAUCAUUGGCCAUGGCGGCGUGAUGAUUUACGCCUGGGUAGCAUUGUCCGGGAUCGGCAUGUUCAACGCUCGCUUCAUGCGCUGUGCCGCCGGAGGCGGUGGUGCCUGGUUCAAAGUCCACUGGAUCACCAUGCUGAUCUCUGUCUUGUGUUCUCUCUCUGGUGCCAUUGUCAUUGGUGUUCAUGCUGGAACCUGGAAGCCUAGUGCCCAUUCCGCUGUUGGCCUGACCGUCCUAGUCCUGACCGGCCUUCAGCUGAUCGGUGCUGCCCUGCGGCCUCCUCCAGAUGGCGAGAAGCGUGCGAUGUUUACCAUGUUCCAUCGUGGCAAUGCUGUUCUCGUGCAGUUCCUUGCCUGGACUGCUCUGUUUCUGGGAAUCGAUGAGGCAACGCGCUUCGCAGCAUUCAAUUCCAGCGCGGCCUAUGGCGUUCUGGGUGCAGGGGUUGGCUGCAUGAUUCUCUUCUGGGGGUACAUGGAGUUCAGGAAGAAGAGUCAAGGUGAUAUGAGUGCUAAGGACGAGACGAUGACCGCCAUGGAGAAUUCAAUGAUGAAGAAGCUGUCUGUGGCGUUCUCUAUCCUGGCAUACGGAUUCACUGCUGGUUCUGGCUCUCUUCUCUACUCGGCCAAGGCUCACGGUCAGUAGAGCAGUUGUUCCCUCCGCUGGUAUCAACACCUCUGUCUGGUUCGCAUUCCUGGCUGGACGGCGGACAGAACACACACACACACACACGCACAUGGUGUAACUCCGGCGUUCGUGAUUUCCAAGAAGACCCGGUGUUUGAUCUGUGUGGUGUUGUUGACGCGGUGCUUUCAGCCUGAGCUACAGACUACUUCACCGAAGCACCCGGCCCCAGACUCCAGAGUGGGAGGUAUGUGAACCAUGCAUCGCAGCAAUGGGAUAUUUCCCUAUGAUUUCGUACGCGCUUCCUUUUUGUCUUAUUUUAAAUCAUGCCGCUGCCUUCUUUGCUAUCCUCGUUUCCACCAGUGUUUGCAAUCGUCAUCUUCCCCUUAGCGAAUUACCUUUGCCCCAUUGCUUUUGGGCAAUCCAUUCCCGGUCCCAGUGUUCCUCCCAUCCUCCUCCAGCUGAAAUGACACAUUCUGGAUAUAGUCUAUAUGUUUAUUAAACGGCGCACCAAUGUUAUUUUCCAGCAGAAAGACAGGAGGUGCUGGCCUCAAAACGAAAUUUCUACAAAUUUACACAUGGUUAGAGAGAAGAUAGAUCAAGCUUUUCCUAAGAAAGAUGUUGCUUUUGUUAGUACAAUAAACUUGUUAUGGCCGAACUACUGGACAGAAGUCGACUUAUGCUAGGACAUACUGUAGUUAUAUUUUAUGAUAUAGAAGAACAACCCUGACAAAGCCCUC